AUGACAUACCAGCCCUUUCACCCCAACUUCUCUCCACUCCCUGCCAGCUCGCUUGCAAACUCGGGCCUCGGAGACCCAUCACAUGUCUCAGAUCCUUCAUUUGGCCUUUCUCGGUAUCAUCCCAACCAAUCUUACGAUGGUCACUCAGCGCCGAAUACCCUCAAUCAGCUCAGUGAUGGCCAACCAAGCAGUCAGCAACCUCGAGGCCUUCAGUACACUCCUGUACCAUCUCAAUUUCCUAACAUCAACCGACGACCCCCCGGAAGCUCAGUCGGACCAAACGAACCCCCCCCACCGCCUCUCAAUCAAACUCAACAUGCCUCAUUGAAUCAAAGUAGCAUCGGGCAUACAUCCUCCUCAACUCGUCCCCUUGAUCACAACCGAGGUCUUGACAUUGACACGGCGGUUUCACCAACUGGGUCCAGCAAUCGAGGCCGUUCUAAUGCGUCAAGUGUAGCUUCUGGUGAUCAAGGCCAUCCUGCUUCAUCGAACGGAUCUCAGCAAGGAGACCAAGAUCCAACUAGUACUAGUUCCUUGACCGUUUCAUCCAGCCUCAGCGGCGAACUCCAGCGACUCAAAUCUUUGCUACAGAUCCAACUCACACCGCAGCUCUCUCAGACUAUACAGCAACUCGCUCAUGCCACCGCUCAUGCAUACAAUGUUUUGAAGCUGCCUUCCCACCUCCUAUCAGUUGCAGGCCUCAUGAUUGCAUUAUCGAGGCCUACUGCUAAUCUAGAACCAAGUCAGCAGUUGAGCCUGCCCAACCACACCCAGCCAUUUGAAUUUGGAAAUGCCAUUCGAGUAAGUCAUCUCACUAUGCUUACUACUUCACUCGACUUCACCGUCAUUAAACCAGAACUAGAAUUAUUUGCGCGCGAAAACUUGAGCGAUCUUCCUGAGAGGGGAUUUGGAAUCGAAGCAAUUGAGGAAGAGGGCAGCGAGUUCAUUAAAACCCAUCUUCCUCCUGGGAGCAUGCAGAUGUUGGCAGGCAUUGUGGAAGCCCCAGCAAACUACAGAUAUUUGCCUGAAACAGCUCCAACACUCACUCAGCUUAUCCUUCUCGUCCAUCGAAACUUUAUGCCAUCCUUGGAGAAACGAUCGGAUGAAGCAAUCAUCAAAGAGUUACCCGACACUACGGCGGUACGGUUUACAUACCUGCGAUUUCAACUUGCCAGGCACCGUUUUCAGGCAAACGGUCAGAACCAAAGGAUCACCAACUGGAAGAUUAUCGACCGCGACUUGGAAACCUUGAGGAGCAAGUCAUCUGGAUACCAGGUAGCUCAUACACAGCUCAUUGCCGAAAAAGAAAAAAGACUGUGGGGCCGCAGAAUCGGCAAAUUUCAAGCCUCGGACUUCGAGAUGCCAACAGUGACUGAAAUCAACAACCGCAUUGCGGAGUCGGCACGGAACAAUUAA